AUGACUAUAGUGAAGACUGCAGAGCCCAGCACCUUCUCUGUGGCCACGUCCUGUGUCAGGAAUGCGUCUCGGCCCUGUCCCACCCCGUCCACAGGAAGCUGGAGUGCCCCUUCUGCAGACAGCUGUGCAGCCUGGACCACACCUGCACUUGCCAAGUCCUCAGUGACCUCCAAGAGAUGCUUUUGUUGCACGAAUCCAGGGGUGCUGCUGUUCCAUCUCCCCACUCAGAACAGAAUAGACUCAAAACAGAUGGACCAGCAGUUCUGGGAGGCUGGGCGCCUGAAAUCGGCCUCUGCUCCCGGGAGCUGGGCGACCGUCAGACAGGGUGGGAGUGGGAGAACUGCUCUAAAAAUGUCGGAUACAAAGGUGAAAGUCGCGGUGAGAGUUCGUCCCAUGAACCGCAGGGAAAUUGAACUUAAUACGAAAUGUGUCGUGGAUAUGGAGGACAACCAGACAGUUUUACGCCCGCCACCAUCCAAUGGAAAGGGAGAAAACAGCAGAAAACAACCUAAGGUGUUUGCCUUCGACCAUUGCUUCUGGUCGAUGGAUGAGUCCAAUGUUCCUAAAUAUGCAGGUCAAGAGGUGGUGUUCAAGUGCCUUGGAGAGGGGAUACUUGAGAAUGCAUUCCAGGGAUAUAACGCCUGCAUCUUUGCCUAUGGACAAACAGGCUCUGGUAAAUCCUUCUCCAUGAUGGGGAACAGUGAGCAGCCUGGUCUCAUCCCGAGACUCUGCUGCACGCUCUUUGAGCGGGUCCACAAAGAGGAGAACGAGGCCCAUAACUUCAAGGUGGAAGUUUCCUAUAUGGAAAUCUACAAUGAGAAAGUCCGCGACCUGUUGGAUCCCAAAGGGAGUAGGCAUUCGUUGAAGGUCCGGGAGCACAAAGUUCUGGGACCAUAUGUUGACGGUUUGUCGCAGCUGGCUGUGACCAAUUUUGAGGACAUCGAGGUUUUGAUGUCGGAGGGGAACAAGUCCAGAACUGUGGCUGCGACCAACAUGAACGAGGAGAGCAGCCGGUCCCACGCAGUCUUCAGUAUUAUUGUCACUCAGACGCUCUAUGAUCUUAAGUCUGGGAACUCAGGAGAGAAGGUGAGCAAGAUGAGUUUAGUAGACUUAGCCGGCAGCGAGAGAGUUUCCAAGACUGGAGCGGCUGGAGAGAGGCUGAAGGAGGGGAGCAACAUAAACAAGUCUCUCACUACUCUUGGAUGUGUGAUCUCUGCUUUGGCCGAUCAGACUUCAGGAAAGGGGAAAGCAAAGUUUGUGCCUUACAGAGACUCCGUGCUGACCUGGCUGCUGAAGGACAAUCUAGGGGGUAACAGUAAGACGGCCAUGAUCGCCACUGUGAGUCCGGCAGCAGAUAACUACGAGGAGACACUGUCAACGUUACGAUAUGCGGAUCGGGCCAAAAGAAUUGUGAAUCAUGCUGUGGUCAAUGAAGAUCCCAACGCCCGCAUCAUCAGGGAGCUCAGGGAGGAGGUGGAGAAGCUCAGAGUGCAGCUGUCCCAGGCCGAGUCCUUAAAGGCGCCUGAACUGAAAGAAAAGCUGCACGAGUCCGAGAAGCUCAUUGAGGAGAUGACAGUGACGUGGGAGGAGAAAUUGCGGAAGACAGAAGAGAUCGCAACUGAGCGACAGAAGCAGCUGGAGAGCAUGGGGAUAUCACUGGAAUCAUCGGGGAUCAAAGUCGGCGAGGACAAGUCAUUUCUGGUCAAUCUGAACGCGGAUCCUGCGCUGAACGAGCUCCUGGUUUACUAUUUGAAGGAGCUGACCCGUGUGGGGGCAGACACGUCUCAGGACAUUCAGCUCUUUGGGAUCGGGAUUCAGCCGGAGCACUGCGUCCUGGAACUGAGCCCAGAUGGAGACGUCACACUGAUGCCUGUGGAGAACGCCAGGACCUGUGUGAAUGGAACCAUCAUUGACUCACUGGUGCAUCUGUGGCACGGAGAUCGGAUCUUAUGGGGCAACAACCACUUCUUCAGGAUAAAUCUUCCUAAACGAAAGCGUCGCGACCGUUUAAAAGACCUGGAGAGAGCGUCUCCGCGAGAGAGUUUCAUCGAAGCGGACGUGGAAACAGCCAGCGAGGCGUCCUCAGAGCAGGACUACAGUUACGAGUUUGCCCAGAUGGAGGUCAUCAUGAAGACGCUGGGGAACAAUGACCCGACGCAGAACGUGGUGCAGGUGUUGGAGAAACAGUAUCUGGAGGACAAGAGGACGGCGCUGGAGGAGCAGAGGAUGAUGUACGAACGAGAGCUGCAGUCGCUACGGCAACAGCUGUCCCCCGAAAAAACACUGCAGCAUCAUCGCAGCAGCAGCGACAGGAUCAUGUUCCCGACAGCGCAGCACGGAAAGAUCCGGCUGUGGUCAGAGGAGAGGGACGAGCUUUUUCGUCAAAGUCUUUCUCGACUUCAGGAGCAGGUCGUGAAAGCCAACGCUUUAGUGCGAGAAGCAAACUUUCUUUCCGACGAGAUGAAGAAGCUGACGGACUACCAGGUCACCCUUCAAAUACCCUCUGCCAACCUCAGUGCUAAUCGCAAGCAUGGAUCCAUUGUAAGUGAACCAGCCAUUCAGGUGCGGAGGAAAGCAAAAGGAACCCAAGUGUGGACCAUCGAAAAGCUCGAGAAUAAACUGGUGGAUAUGAGGGACCACUACAGGGACUGGAAAGAUGGAACAGUAGAGAAGUGUACAAAGCCAAACAGCAAACACUGUGACCCUUUUUAUGAGGCCCAAGAGAAUCACAACUUGAUUGGAGUCGCCAACAUCUUCCUCGAGUGCCUUUUCCAUGAUGUGAGGCUGCAGUACGCCGUGCCCAUCAUCAGCCAACAGGGAGAGGUCGCUGGCAGGCUGCACAUAGAAAUAAUGCGUGUCAGUGGAGCCUUACCGGAGCGGCUUUGUGGAGGAGACGACUCUUCAGAAAACUCCAGUGAAAGUGCCUGUUUUGAGGUGAUGGAUACAAACGGUGAGAUUGUUCACAUGGCCAAGAGACUCACCUGUCGGAUCAGAAUAAAAGAGGCAACAGGGCUGCCUUUCAACCUGUCACAUUUUGUGUUCUGUCAAUACACAUUCUGGGAACAAGGUGAGCCCACUGUUGCUCCUCCCAUGGUCAGCCCCGACCGACACCAGCCUCGAGGUCCAGAUGCACAAUUCACCGUGCAGUUUGACCACUCCAAGGACUUUGUGGUGCAUGUGAGCGAUGACUUCCUGGAGUUCAUAUCUGAAGGAGCUCUGACCAUAGAGGUGUGGGGCCAUCGCUGUGCAGGGAACGGACACUCUCCCUGGGAGUUAGAAGGACUGGAGGCCAAGACACAGACUCUAAGAGACAGGUGGAGGGAAGUGUCUCGCAGAAUAGAGCUGUGGACGUCGAUCGAGGAGCUGAACGAGGCGGGAGAGUACUCGUCUGUGGAGCUGCUGCCUGCCAAAGACAUCAGCACUGGGGGCGUCUUCCAGCUGCGACAGGGGCACUCGAGGCGGCUGCAGAUCUGUGUGAAACCCGUGCAGAACUCUGGGACUCUGCCUCUGCUGGUGGAGGCCGUGCUCUCAGUCUCCAUCGGCUGUGUGACUGCGCGCUCCACCCAGCUGCAGAAAGCUCUCGACAGUUACCAGCGAGAGGCUGAAGACGAUAUGGAUAGUUAUCAGGAAGAAGAUUUGAACUGUGUGCGAGAGCGGUGGUCGGAGGCCCUGAUCAAACGGAGAGAAUAUCUGGACGAGCAGAUCAAGAAAAUCAUGAACAAACGUGAAAAAUCUGAGGAGGAUGCUGAGCGUGAGGCCCGGCUGGUCGAGCAGUGGGUCGGUUUAACUGAAGAGAGAAAUGCUGUUCUGGUGCCUGCGCCCGGGAGUGGCAUCCCUGGAGCUCCUGCUGACUGGACCCCACCUACAGGAAUGGAAACACAUAUUCCAGUUCUCUUCUUGGAUCUAAAUGCGGACAAUUUGACAAUAAAUGAACAGCUUUCUGGACCUCACGCCGCUGGUGUCAACUCAAUUCUGCCUAAAGAGCAUGGAAGCCAGUUCUACUAUCUGCCCAUCAUCAGACACAGUGAUGACGAGGUGCUGGCUGUUUGCUCCUGGGACUCCUCCAUCCAUGACUCUGUACACUUGAACAGAGUCACUUCUCAGAACGAGCGUAUUUACCUGAUCAUCAAAGCCACAGUGCAGCUCAGCCACCCGGCCUCCAUGGAGCUGGUGCUUCGCAAGAGGAUUGCUGUCAACAUUUACAACAAACAGAGUUUUACUCAAAGCCUUAAGCGCAGAAUGUCUUUGAGGAAUGCGCUUUUUACAUGUGGUGUGAUGUACGAGAUCGUCUCAAACAUACCAAAGGCCUCAGAGGAGCCAGAGGAGAGAGAGACUCUGGCGCUCAUGGCAGCCCGUGGGGACAACGAGGAGAGUCCAGACGGAGAAACGUACAUAGAGAAAUACACCCGCGGCAUCCUGGAGGUGGAGAACAUCCUGAGCCUGGAGAGACUUCGGCAGGCUGUGACUGUGAAAGAAGCUCUUGCCACCAAGGGAAGACAGUUACGACGGAGUACCAGCACACCAAAUACAUCGUGUAGCAAAUCUGACCUCACUGUCUGUGGCGACGAAGAAGAAUCUAAGGGGCAUGCUGAUGCUGGGGACUGCUCCCAGGACGGCCCUGUUUGCACAACACCUGUGAAAGAGAAGGAUAACCAAGGACCAGUUCCAGACAGCCCCAGUUUCUUUAUCUCCAGUCCUUUCAAAGUUCUUACCCCUCAGCCCAGUAAGUUUCUCAAGUCUCUGUUGCCGGUCAAAGAGGAAACCAAAGUGAAGAAAGCCUUGGAAUACCGCCCUCUGUUAGGACAAGAGCCGGACUCUGAGGAUGAGGAGACUAGCGCUGUCAUCCAGAAAUCGGACCAGAACCCUCAGGAACAGUCCAAGAGUUACAUCCCAGAGGAGUUUGCUAACUUUGAUAUUUAUAACGCCACUCUUGAGAGCCAAGAAGGACAACUGUCUGGAACUCUAGAGGUGAAAGACAGUCGCUGUGACGGGAGGAUGGUGUCCCGGAGUCCCACCACAAGCAGCUGCACAAGCGGAUAUUUCUCCAACAGCCCCUCCAAUGCCACACUGUCAGACAUGCCUUUGAGCUCCAGCUCCGACCACCUCAGCUGCGGCGUCACGGACACCAUUAGCUCUGCGAGUAAAGGUGUGGCAGCAGGAGGUGACACACAGCACUUACCUCCUCUCACUGAAAUUACAACUCAUGCUCCAUUAAGUAUUUCUGCCUCAUCACCAAUCAGUAUUCCUAACUGCACAAACAAGGAGCUAGCAGUGCCUCAGAACUGUGUCCUCAGUGCCAGCCAGGAGUUCAGCGACUUUAAAGGAGCAGAAGACAGUCCUGGAGAUGGUUUAGCACACUUCACAGAGGUGUGGGAACCAGCGAGGAACAUCAGUGUUAAAACUAGUGACAGCAGCACUAAGACAGCAUGUAGUGUCCCAGAACAAACAGAGGCUGCCCUAAAGAUAGCGGAGUGUACACCAGUAUCCUCCAUCAAAGCCCCUCCACCUCAGCCGCUGAAAUCCUCCGCAGCGCCCCCCUGUGGGCCUUCACCUCUCAGUGGAGGAGGGCAGCCACCAAUCUGUGAGCCCGCACAGGGGGACCUGCCUCAUGGGAGCCCCUGCCCCAGCCCAAACCCCAGCAGUGCAGAGCCCUCAGGAGACUCCAGUGGAGAGGAGAGCUCCCCCCUCCAGCUGCCUGACUGGAUGGCCCCUGGAGAGCAGGUGUGGGUGGGGAAGAGAAGAGGAACGGUCCACUACGUUGGAGGUGUGGAGUUUGCCAAGGGAAUCUGGAUUGGCGUCAAGCUGGACUUGGCAGUUGGUAAACACAAUGGGACAGUCCAGGGAAGAGUGUACUUUCGCUGUCCCCCAGGAUAUGGUGUUUUUGUGAAGCCGUCGCGUCUUAGCAGAGGACCUCCGUCCACUGAGACGGACUGUGACCAACCCCCCUCCUCCUCCUCCUCCUCCCCCCCCCACCACCUCCUCCUCCCUGCGGCCUCCGACUGCAACAGAUCUGCUCCGCUCGGCACCAUGCACUCGGCCCAGAAAGACACCACGUUCACCAAGAUCUUCGUAGGAGGACUUCCAUACCACACCACCGACUCCAGCCUCAGGAAGUACUUCGAGGUGUUCGGAGACAUCGAGGAGGCGGUGGUGAUCACGGACAGGCAGACGGGCAAGUCCAGAGGAUAUGGAUUUGUCACUAUGGCGGACCGGGCCUCUGCUGACCGAGCUUGCAAAGACCCCAACCCCAUUAUAGAUGGAAGGAAAGCCAAUGUGAACUUGGCCUAUCUGGGGGCUAAACCCAGGGUCAUACAACCAGGGUUUGCGUUUGGCGUCCCUCAGAUCCACCCCGCCUUUAUCCAAAGACCUUAUGGGAUCCCUGCUCACUACGUGUACCCCCAGGCCUUCAUGCAGCCCAGUGUGGUCAUCCCUCACGUCCAGCCCAGCGCCUCCUCGGCCACAGCUGCUGCUGCCACUUCUCCGUAUCUGGACUACACUGGAGCCACGUAUGCGCAGUACUCUGCGGCCGCCACUGCUGCAGCCGCAGCCGCCGCAGCCUAUGAGCAGUACCCGUACGCCGCCUCACCUGCGCCCACAGGGUACAUGACGGCAGCCAGCUAUGGGUACACUAUGCAGCAGCCUCUGGCCACGGCUGCCACCCCAGGAGCCACAGCUGCCUUCAGUCAGUACCAGCCUCAGCAGCUCCAGUCCGAUCGCAUCCAGUAA